AUGGUUGGAACUUACGACUAUCCAAAGGCAUUCGUGUGUGCCGUCGCAGGCAUGUGCUCCGGCUAUGCACUGGAUGUGGCCAACUUUGCCGACAUCACGAUUUGCUUCAAGAACGCCGCAUUUGGUGCUGCACAAGUCAAGUACGGCCUCAAUCCAAUGACGCAUCCCAUGUUCCGAAAGAUGAGCAUCCAGCGAGCGAGACGUCUCAUCUUCACUGGAGAUCCAAUGGGGCCAGAAGAGGUCACGGAAGUGGGCGAGCUGUACACGAAAGCGCUGGCACUGUCGAAGCAGAUCGCUGAGCGUGGUGCUGAACAUGCGGUGAAUCUCAAAGAGAUGUGUCUCCGCGUUCCAAACAUGGAUCACGUCGGAGCAACCUACUACGAGACGCGCUUCACAAAUGAUCUGAUGGCUAGAGAUCAGUUCAAGCGUCUCGCGGCUGAAGGUGUCGAGAGACUCAAGGAGAAGCGUAGCAAGGCGAUCGAGCGGCUUGGAAAGCUCUGCAAAAGCUAG